AUGAAUACGAAUAAGACAAACAACUCAAAACAACAAACUAGGGAAGAGGCUGAAGUAACAGCAAAAACGGCAUCGCAAGUGCACGAGUUAAUACUCCCAACAGCUAUUGCAGAUGGCAAUAAUGGCUGCGGGGAACUCCUUAAAAACCCCUUCCAAAGGAGCUCAAGGUUGGCGCACUCGCCACCAGACACGGGAAGGACCAGAUCGGCGUCACCGUGUAUGCAGCACUUCGGUUUCUUGAAAGCGAUGACGGCUGAAGAAAUCUAUCAAGCAAUUGGCGAUAAGGUUAAGGAGCUAACGUAUAUGAUGGAGCCUCCGAAGCGAAAUAUCAAUCAACCAAUGAGGGAUUUGAUCGCUAACAUAACGGACCUCCAUAAAAAGCUAGGUAGAUCUAUCCUUACCCCGAGGAACCAGGCCCCAAGAGGAGCGAAUGAAGCAACUUCUGCUAUUCGAGACAAAGGUACCCAAACAUCACCACUGAUCAAGCGUACCACAGAUUGCACGCCAAAGAGGGCAAUAGAUAACGCUGCAGCAAGCUCAGCGAAAAGAAGUAAAACGAACCGUGUCGAAGACCUAAAGAAUACGCCGGUUAAAACGUACGAACAAGAAAAAACAGGAAAGUGGGAAGUGGUUAAAGCUAAGAAGAAUCAAAAGAGUUCUUCGCAGAAUACUCUCAAACGAGACGUUAAGGAAGUAGAAAAUAACGACGCCAAAAGCAGUAGAAGACGGAGAAGACCACCACGUAAGGACGCUAUCGUGGUCAAAAGCGCUGGUAACAUCUCAUAUGCCGAAAUUUUGAAGCGCGUUAAGACAGAGCCAAGUCUUAAGGAACUUAGUAACAACAUACAAGGAGUCAAAAAAACUGCGAAAGGAGAGUUACUGCUUCUGCUGGAAAAAACAUCCGACCCAAAUACCUCGAGAGUCCAUGAAGCUGUUAAGGCGGCUCUAGGAGAAAGUGUAGAUGUCAGGGCACUUACAGAGCUGAGGCAGGUGGAAAUUCGUGACCUCGAUGAAAUUACGACAAAGGAAGAAGUUCACGAGGCGGUAGCAAGACAAUUCCAAGAGCUGGAGAUACCUAUCUCAGCCAUCUUGGGUCUGCGAAAAGCUUACGGAGGAACGCAAACGGCGACGCUAAAAGUAGCACCGGAAAUCGCUACCAAGCUGGCGGAAGCUAAUAAAAUCCGCAUAGGUCUCGUAAUUUGCCGCAUACGGGAGAAGAUCGAGCCAAAAAGAUGCUUUAAAUGCAUGGAAUAUGGGCAUGUGGCAGUAAGCUGUAAAAGCUCAGCUGACCUUAGUAACACCUGCUUCAAAUGUGGUAACAAGGAUCACCAGGCUAAAAACUGCACACAAACAGCAAGCUGUAUAAUGUGCAAGAAGAAAAAGGAAAGCGAUACGGCGCAUGCGAUGACCAGCAGUAAGUGCCCUCAAUAUCUGAGAGCUCUUAAAGAAAUUCGGCAGAAAUGA